UGAUACAAAAUAAUUAUUUUAAAAAUUCCUUUCAAUAGUUAAAAAAGUCAAAUUCAAAAUUUCGAGAAACCAACUUCAGAUUUGCAUUGCUCGGUGGCUCCAGCAACCAUCGGUUGAAGCCUACAAAAAAUUUUUAUUUCCAUGAAGUGUUCUUUCUUUAGUGAGAAAAAUCAAGCUCAAAAUUUUGAAAGACCAACUCAAGAUUUAGACUCUACGACCAGGAUUAUCUUCAGUUAAACUUUAUGAAUAAUGACAUUCGACACCAACACAUCACUACUGUAUUGAUACUGUAACAUGUCUAAUUCUAAGUAUUUUCAAGAUUUUGCAAGUCUUAGAAGGAUUUUGUAAGAUUCUAAAAGAUUUAAUAAGAUUCUAGAGACUCUAGAUGCCAAAAUCUGCUUUUCUUUCUUACGCACUUCACAUUCAAAAUAUAAACUUUAAAAUUUUUUAGUGUCAACAGAUAGCACUCAUUGACGCUAAACUGAUAACUAUCAUUCAUUAGUUUGCUUUGUCCUCUUCGAUGGUUGUGUGAUAUCUUGACUAUGGUCGACUUGUUGUAUGUUUUAUGAUGAUCACUGUGAUAUUUAUUGAUUGCUAGCAUUAUGAUCAUUUUCAUUAUUUUGUGGAAAUUUCAAAUAUUUUCAUUGAAAAUAGUGGGUGUAAGUUUCAAGUUCGAGUCUUUACGGCUUCCACUUACCCAUUGUAGACACUUAGCACCACAGAAUACCAUAACAGAUCUCAGCGAUCACGCACAAAAGGCUGUAGGUUAAUUUAAGAAUGGAAAAAACGAGUUGCACGGUAUGAAGAAUAUGAGUUCGUAUGUUAUAAAAUAUUUCAAUGCUUUCAUAAUUAUUUAAAAAAACUGUUAUAUAUUUGUUAAAACUCUUUAUAGUCUAUUCGGUUGAUUUUUUUUAGAAUUUAAACAUCUCUCAUAGCAAAUAUAUAAUCAAUAUUAGAAGCAUGAUUCGAUUUUUUUAUCAGUUUUAAAAGUAGACACGGUUACCGUUUAAAUAAAACUAACUUAUCUACUACAUUCAGUGAAUAUUAUGCAAGAAUCAUGUCGUAUAAGUCUGGCUAGUUAGUUUACCGGGAACUUUCAGUUUCUUAAAUCAGAUAUUAUCUCCAAACUUAUUGCUAUUUAGCUUGCGUAUAUAAGGGGAGGAUAAAGAUAUGAUGAAAACCCUUUCGAGAGUUUCAGAAUGUUUUCAUUUAGAUAGAUUUGCAAGUUCAUAUUGUAGAAUGAAAUAUUGACAUGUAUCAUGUGUCCAUUAUUUUUCGUAUCUUGCUCAUUAGUUCUAUAUUUUGAUAAUAUUCAAGAUUAUGUAAGAGAAAGUACUGAUUAUUCAGCAUUCAUUAAGUGUUUGUUCUCCUUAUUUAACGAAAUUCUUCUCUGAACAUAAUGCUUCAUUCAAAAUUCUUUCUAUUUUUGAUCCCACAUAUCAAUCACAAUUACCAAAUAAUAAUACAAAUGAUUAUUCAGUUAUUGUUAUUCUUGAUGGACCACAAAGUACAUAUGAAGAUGAUAUUUAUCCAUAUUUAAAAUGGGAAAAAUCAUUUCUUGCUGCUCAACUUGCUCUUAAUACACCUAUUCUUGGCAUAUGUCUCAGAGCACCAUUACUCGCUGAUGUUAUUGGUGGACAUAGUCAUUUAGGAAAGUAUGAUUAUGAACUUGGCUAUGCUUAA